AUGGAUGAUACUCUAUGUGGACAAUUUGAUUUUGUGAGGAAGUAUUUACCAGAUGAAUUAAGUAAAGAGGCAGAAUUUGAACUUAAUGAUAAUGAAAGUUUCAAAAAAUAUUGCCCUAUUACAGAUUCAGGAAAAAAUGAAUGCAAUAAUGAUCUUGAUAAUUUUACGGCUGGAUUUUUAUGGUUACUUGGAGAAUGUUAUUCUGAAUCCACAAAAAAAAUUUAUAAUGAAAAUACUAUUAAUGCAUUUUUUCUAUAUAUGAUUUCAUGGUUUAGUAAUAAAUUAAAGCAAAAGUCAAUUUACAAUACCACCUCAUUAAACGAUUUUUAUGAUACUCAUGUAAAGAAUAAUGAUAAAUAUAAUAGUUUUACAGAUCCUGCCUAUAAAAUUUCAGAACUUAAGAAAUUCAUGGAUGACCGAAAUGAUUUUUUGAAUAUUAAUAUUGAAGAUCUGUCUAAAUUUUAUGAUGUAUUCAACUUAUUAUGUAAAAUGCAUGGUAAUGUUACACAGAAUCAAAAAGACGACACAUUGUCAAAUAAUGCUAUUGAUUUUGUUAAAAAAUAUCAAGAACUUAAUAAAGUUUAUGGUAUUAUUGGAGAAAAACCCUAUAAUAAAAUAUUUUCUACUUUAUCAACUGAUUAUAAUAAUUUAAAAGAUAAAUGUACAAAUUGUUCAUCCCUUCCAGAGAUAACAGCAAAAAUUUCUGCACUAAGAUCUGGAUAUACAUCAAGUUCGUCGAUAGGAAACAGACUAUUUACAGUUUUAUCGAUAUUUGGUGCAAUAGCAUUUUUUUUAGGAAUUUCUUAUAAGUAUUCGUUAUUUGGAUUUCGGAAACGAUUUCAAAAACAAAAAUUAAGAGAAAAAAUAAAAAAUAUAAAGAAGAAAAUGAAUCGUUAA